UCUUUGCAAUACCAAGAUCUAGGCCCAGUCGAUUGUUCCAGGGCGGUGGAAUUCGGAAAUCUUCGAGGAAAAACCGUUCUUGUGACAGGGGAUUCGACUUCUUUCUUUCAGGCAAUUGUCUUUGAGCUGAUAGAAUGCAGGAAUGCUAUCGUAGUCAAUGCUGACCUCAACCCCACCCCCGAGGGUCUUGCAUUGCCCAAGUCCGUUAACAAAGACAGUGUUUAUUUCACAAAGUGCGACAUCUGUUCCUGGCCGGACCAGAAGACGGCGUUCAAAUCAGUCGUUGCGAAGUCCGUUAACAAUAGCAUCGAUAUAAUCGUCGCCAACGCCGGUAUAUCCGGAGAUGAUCCGCUCCUGAUGAAUCUUGAUGCAGAUGUCGAAGAACCAGACACGCGAAUUGUCCAGACAAAUCUGAUCGGAACAAUGUACACGACUGGGCUGGCUUUAAACCACUACUUACUACUUCCAGAAAUCCCUCCACAGAACAAAUGUCUCAUUCUGAACUCGAGUCUUGCUGGCUACCUUGACUCGCGUCCCUCCUAUGGCUCCGCCAAGUUCGGAUUGAGAGCUGUGAUGAGGGCUCUAAGGCACAAAGGCGUUUGUCAGGUGAAUAUAAUUUCCCCCUGGUUCAUCCACACUCCUAUAUUGAGUAAAGAGGCUGCGAGUCUGCUGACUACACAGCUUGAGGAGAUAGGCUCGGACUUUGGUCUAGCUGAAGAUUGUGCUCACUGUGUUUUGCGAAUAUCGGUAGACAAUUCCAUCCAUGGACGUGGUUUUGGAAUAUUACCCCGGAACAUGGUCAAGGAAGGUUACUGUGAUCUUGACGAGGACGAUUAUAAGCCAGGCACUCUUUGCCAUCAGCUUCGGAAGGACAUCUUAAGAGUGUCGCAUCGC